UAGAGUUUUGUACGCUCACUAUAUAAACUUGACGAGAAUGGAGUUUCUUCCAAAAUCCUAAGGCCAAAAAUCAUGAAAUUAGUAAGAAUAAUAGUGUUAAGUGGGAUAUUAUACUUGAGAUUGGUUUUUGGAGAAAUUAAUAAAGAAGAAGCGUGUGGAUUUCCAGCCAUAUAUAACUUUGGUGAUUCGAAUUCGGACACAGGUGGAAAAUCAGCAGCUUUUCAUGAGGUGCAGCCACCCAAUGGUGAGACUUUCUUUCGCAAACCUUUUGGAAGGGUAUGCGACGGUCGUCUUAUCGUUGACCUCAUAGCGGACAGGUUGGAUUUACCGUACUUGAGUGCGUAUUUAGAUUCAAUUGGUGCAGAUUUUAGAAAUGGUGCUAAUUUUGCAACAGUUGGUUCAUCUAUCCUACCUGGUGGUUACAGUCCUUUUUACCUUGGUGUUCAGAUUUCUCAGUUUUUACAAUUCAAGAAACGUACUAUUUUGCUCAGUAAUUUAACAAUUACAAACUCGAAGCGGUUUUCGUCAAAAGUGAAUAUUCCAAAGCCAGAUGAUUUUUCAAAGGCAAUUUACACAUUUGACAUUGGACAGAACGACCUUUCCUAUGGUUUUCAACAUACACACGAAGCACAAGUCCGAGCAUCUAUUCCACAAAUCCUAGACAACUUUACUCAUGCCAUACAUCAACUUUACACUGAAGGGGCUCGGAAUUUCUGGAUCCAUAAUACUGGACCUAUUGGAUGUUUGCCUUAUAGUGUGAUAUCUUACCCAUUGAAGCCUCAGGGCUUGGAUGCCACUGGAUGCAUAGAGAGCCAAAAUGAGGUGGCUCGAGAAUUCAACAAGCAGCUCAAGGACAAGAUAUCACACUUAAGAAAGGAGCUCACUUAUUCUGCAAUUACUUAUGUUGACAUUUAUUCAGCUAAGUAUAAACUAAUUAGCACUGCCAAGAAACAAGGUUUUGGGGAUCCAAUGAAAUUCUGCUGUGGUUGGUACAACAAUGGAUAUGAAGUUGCAUGUGGGCAGACAACAGUAGUGAAUAGAACAGAGUAUGGGAAGGCAUGUAGUGAUCCUACAAAGUACAUUAGUUGGGAUGGAAUACAUUACACAGAUGCUGCCAAUGUCUGGUUAGCCAACUCCAUUCUCAAUGGCUCUUUCUCAGACCCUCCAGUUCCCGUUGAACAAUCUUGCACUCACUUAUCAACAAGAGUUUAACCAGAUAGUUCUUUGGUCAGGCCAAUCAUCCUACAGUUUCCAAGAAUAUUACUGCCAUAUAUAUAGCUGCAUAUGUUGUAUUUGUCUACUACCACUGAGAAGCCAUUUAGGAACUUCUCAAUCUUAUUUUAUGUGUAUGUAUGGUCACCUUAAUCUUUGAUAAAAGUGUUUUUUUUCCUUCAAAAAAUGUAUUAUCUGCUACUCCAUUGUCUCGUUU